AUGGCCACCAUCGAGCCUCGCCUGAUCCACUUGUUAAACGAAUCAACAUCUACACCUCAGCUUCACCAUGCUGACCUGCCUCCGCUGCACGCUUUGCCGCUGCCGACUUCCACAGAGCGACCUCUGCCGCCGCUCGAGCUUGAUGCCGCCUAUCGGCCAAGCGGCGCCUCGGCAUAUCCACUGCGCCUGUUCCUUGCAGACCACGACGUCGCGGAGCCGCUUUCUCACGGCCGCUCCAAACCCAUCAACGACCUGAGUGAUGCCUCCGACGAUGGUUACAGCAAAAAGCGCGCCCGAAACAUCCAUGUCAAGGAUGACUUCGUCCAGCUGCCCCAGCCAAUGAAGCGACAAAAGUCGGCUCAACAGGCGCCUGCCAUGCCGCCCAUCAUCAAUGGUCUACUCGAACCUCCAAGCCAUCCGGCUUUGUUUCCUCCCAUUGUGUCGAAUGCCUAUGAUGAGAAAGUUGUCAGUCAGAUGAGGCUACUCAAUGAAUGUGCUUUACAGGGAGCUGUCGAGGAUCGCGCCAGGCGGUCACCCGAGGCCGACAAGUCGGGCAAGAGCAGGAAGCGGGCUGCCAAGCCUCGCAGGAAGUGGUCCGAAGAGGAGACAAAGCACCUGCUCUUGGGCGUGAAUCGACAUGGCGUUGGGAAAUGGACCAGCAUUCUCGAGGAUCCAGACUUCACCUUCAACGACCGAACUGCCGGGGACCUGAAAGAUAGGUUCAGGACAUGCUGCCCCGAGGAGCUACGCAGUUCAAGCAAGUCCUCCUCGCAAGCUGGCUCGCCCCGUGCAGCGCCUCAAGAUGCUGGACGUCGGACCAAGUCGGGUAUUCACUCGGAGAACAUUCUUAUCGAGGACUCGCCCUCGCCGAAAGAGGCUGGCGAGUCCGACUCAACGCCCAAGCCUAGGAAGAGCCGUGCCCACCGCAAGAAGCUCGAGGACCUGGCCGAGUUGGGUAUUCACGGCCCGUUCAAGAAGUCGCAUAGACGUGAACGCCGACCCUUUACUGAGCAGGAUGAUCGUGAGAUCCUCGAGGGGCUGGAUAUAUAUGGCCCGGCCUGGACCAAGAUCCAGCGUGACACUCGCUUCAACCUAUCCAGCAGACAGCCGACGGAUUUGAGAGACCGCGUCCGCAACAAGUACCACAGCAUCUAUCAGCGCAUUGAAAAGGGAACCUUCAACUCCAAGGACGAUGCUCGAAGCAACGUUCUCGAGCCUUCCGUCACCAUGUCCAUCGACAGCUCUCUACAACGGUCCAAGGAAUCAUCCAAGGUUCCUCGAUCCAGCCACAACGCCAAGGAGGAUUUGCCAACAUGGCCAUUGCACGUCGUUGACGCGUCCAACUGUACCCAGCCAUCGCAGACCUUUGAUUUUGGUGAGACGGGUGGGCCACACUUCAUGGGUGGUGAGAUGGACAUUUCGAGACUGUUGCUUGAUGACUCCAGGAUGACUCAGGCACCUGCACGACAUGCUGCAGACUAUUCUCCCGAUCCAUCAUCGCCGCCAGCCUAUAUCACAGAGCCGCGCCGCGACAGGCACGCUAGCCAUUCCGUCCGAUGUUGA